UUCAAAGUGCAAAUUACCUUCAAAGCUUGACAGAACUUGGUGAAGUUGAGAAGUGUACUAGGCAUGGCCAUGGGUGUUGCACUCUUCAGCUCGAUUCUUGUACUUUCAUUUGUCUCUCCAAUCUAUUCACUAAGUUCCAAUUACUACGACAAGACCUGUCCCAAUGCUGAGUUGAUCAUCGCAAAUGCUGUCAAGAAUGCAGCAAUGAAGGACAAAACCGUACCAGCCGCUCUCCUGCGGAUGCAUUUUCACGACUGUUUCAUAAGGGGUUGCGACGCGUCGGUGCUUUUAAACUCCAAAGGAAGCAACAAAGCGGAAAAGGACGGGCCUCCUAAUGUCUCUCUGCAUGCAUUUUAUGUAAUCGACAAUGCUAAAAAGGACUUGGAAGAUUUUUGCCCUGGUGUGGUUUCAUGUGCGGACAUCUUGGCACUAGCUGCCAGAGAUUCCGUCAUACUGUCCGGAGGUCCGACCUGGGAUGUGCCCAAGGGAAGGAAGGAUGGAAGAACAUCAAAGGCCAGCGAGUCGACACAACUCCCAGCACCAGUUUUCAACAUUUCUCAGCUCCAGCAGAGCUUCUCCCAGAGAGGUCUCUCUAUGGAAGAUCUUGUGGCUCUUUCGGGGGGCCACACGCUAGGAUUCUCCCACUGCUCCUCCUUCGUGGGCAGGAUCCGCAGCUUCAACGCCGCGCACGACGUCGACCCAUCGAUGCACCCCCGUCCCCUCGCAGCGAGCCUGAGGGGCGUGUGCCCGAGCAAUAACAGGCCGAAGAACUCGGGGACCACCAUGGACCCUUCCUCGACCACCUUCGACAACACGUACUACAAGCUGAUCCUCGAGGGGAAGGGCCUGUUCUCCUCGGACCAGGCGCUCAUCCUGGCGGUGCCCAAGACGAAGGGUCUGGUCGAGAAGUUCGCGGGCUCGCACCAGGAAUUCGCUGACGCUUUUGUCAAGUCCAUGAUCAAGAUGAGCAGCAUCACAGGCGGACGGGAGGUUAGGAAGGACUGCAGGGUCGUGAAUUAAGGGUUUGGAUCAUUCGCUACAUGAUCUGAAUAAUCAUAUUUCUCUGUUAAGAUCAAGGCCAAGCGCCAGCUUAAGCAUAUGUAUAAGAUUUAGUUGAAUCAGUGCCUGUGUUUGUUGGAAACAUACGGUAGGAGAUUAAAGGGCCUAAGAGUUCAAGAGAAAGUAGGAGAGUAUACUUUCUUAUGUACGAUGAACUAGAUCAAUAAAAGCUUAGCAGUCAAUCUUCUUAA